GUGAUGCUAGAAAAGAAAUUCUACUGUAUUAUUAUCCUUUUGAAAAUUAAUUGAAUCUUGAUGCCAUUGUCCCUCUCCUUUGGAUCUGAUCAGAGCACGGUGCCAUGGAUCGAUUGCUGAAAGCAGCGAGAGCCUCUGGUUCUCUCAACCUCUCCAAUCGCUCCCUCAGAGAAGUUCCAGAUGAGGUUUAUCGGAAUCUGGAGGGGCUCGGCGGCGACGACAAGUGGUGGGAGGCUGUGGAGCUUCAGAAGCUUAUUCUGGCUCACAAUAGUAUUGAAUCGUUGAAGGAAGAUCUGAGAAAUUUGCCGUUUCUUGCUGUUUUGAAUCUUAGUCAUAACUGUCUUUCACAGCUUCCCGCUGCUAUAGGAGAGCUGCUUCAGUUGAAAAUGUUGGAUGUUUCGUUCAAUUCGAUACUUAAAAUACCGGAGGAGAUUGGAUCAGCUGCCUCGCUUGUGAAGCUUGAUUGUUCUAAUAAUCGGCUCACAGAACUUCCUAGCUCGCUUGGCAGAUGCUUAGAAUUGUCGGACUUAAAGGGAUCAAACAAUCUUAUUGCAGGCUUGCCAGAAGAUUUAGCAAAUUGUGUGAAAUUGUCUAAGCUAGAUGUGGAGGGAAACAAAAUAACAGGGAUAUCUGAAAAUCUCAUUUCAUCAUGGACAGCACUUACUGAAUUCAAUGCAUCAAAAAAUUUACUGAAUUGUAUACCAGUCAGCAUUGGAGGCCUUUCUCGUUUAAUUCGUCUUGACCUCCAUCAAAACAGAAUAUCAGCUAUCCCUUCAUCAAUCAUUGGCUGUCAUUCACUUACAGAGCUUUAUUUGGGGAAUAAUAGUAUUUCUACAGUACCAGUGGAGAUAGGUGCCCUUUCUCGACUUGGAACUUUAGAUCUUCACUCUAACAAGCUGAAGGAAUAUCCAGUGGAGGCAUGCAAAUUGAGUCUUUUAGUUUUGGAUCUUUCAAACAAUUCAUUGAGUGGGUUACCCCCUGAAAUGGGCAAGAUGACUACCUUGAGGAAACUUCUGCUUAGUGGAAAUCCUUUGAGGACUCUUCGAAGCUCAUUAGUAUCUGGACCUACACCAGCAUUACUGAAAUUUCUCCGAAGUAGACUUUCUGAAGGUGAAGAUUCUGAAGCUAUCACCACUACAAAAGAAGAGGUGAUUGCAAUGGCUACCCGAUUGUCUCUCACUUCAAAGGAACUGUCUAUGGAGGGGUUGGGGUUGAGUGUUGUUCCAUCAGAAGUAUGGGAAUCAGGGGAGGUCAUAAAACUUAAUCUUUCCAGAAACUCCAUCCAGGAAUUGCCAGUCGAACUUUCUUCUUGUGUUGCCCUCCAGACAUUGAAUUUAUCUAAGAAUCAAAUUAAAGACUGGCCAGGUUCAAUUCUUAAAUCACUUUCAAAUCUUUCAUGUUUGAAGCUCGACAACAAUCCCCUCACGCAGAUACCUUCAGAUGGCUUUGAAGCGGUGCCAAAGCUGCAGAUCCUAGAUCUAAGUGGCAAUGCAGCUUCAUUACUAGAUGGUCCUGCAUUUUCUAGUUUGCUAAACCUGCAAGAGCUUUACCUGAGAAGAAUGCGGCUCAGUGAAGUUCCAUCAGAUAUAUUGGGGUUGCGUCAACUACAGAUCCUUAACUUGAGUCAGAAUUCCCUUCAAUCAAUUCCAGUGGGGUUAGAAAACCUCACUUCUCUCAAGGAGCUUGACCUAUCUGAUAACAGCAUCUCAGCCCUUCCGCCAGAGCUGGGUUUGCUGGAACCAAGCCUUCAGGCACUGAGACUUGAAGGGAAUCCUCUCAGAAGCAUUCGAAGGGCUGUCUUGGAUAAGGGAACUAAAGCUGUUCUGAAAUAUUUGAAGGACAAAUUACCGGAGCAAUAGCUUUUUUUUUCCCUUAUUCGAAAGCGUUAUCCUUGGCUUGACAUGAACAACAUUUAACCUGUUCAAGUUUUCUCAGGUGUCACGUUCUUUCAGUACAUGUAGAUAAAGUUUUUCCCUAACAGUCUGUUUGAGCUUAAUUUUGUUUAAUUCUUUCCCGCCGUGGUGUGCUACCUCUGCUUUUAUGUUCUAUUUCUUGUAACUCAACUUUACUGUUUGAAUAUUUAACACUACAAUGUAUUUUGCUACGCUUGUAUACGAGAAUAUAACUAUGCUGCAUGACUUGAUUUUG